AUGGGGGGCUGCCACGCCAAGCCGCUCACACACGACGCCGACGCCGACGCCUCCCCGCCCCACCCCGCGCCGGCCACCCCGCCGCCGGCGUCCUCCACCACCGCGCCCGCCACGCCCAAGAAGCACUGGACCUCCUCCCCCUUCUUCCCCUUCUCCACGCCCAGCCCGAGCCCGGCGCACCACCUCUUCUCCUCCUCCUCCGCGGCGUCCCCCCGAGCCACCCCGUCCAAGUCCCCCGCGCCAGCCGGCUCCGCGCCCGCCACCCCGGCCAGGCGCCUCCUGCGGCUGCCCUUCCCGCCGCCGUCGCCCGCCAAGCACAUCCGCCAGGCGCUCGCGCGCAGGCACGGCCCCUCGCGGCCCGCGAUCCCCGAGGAGGGCGCCGACGCGGACGGCGCCGGGAGGGGCCUCGACAAGGGGUUCGGCUUCAACAGGGGAUUCGCCGCCAAGUACGACAUGGGGGACGAGGUCGGCAGGGGGCACUUCGGGUUCACCUGCGCCGCCAGGAUCAGGAAGGGCGCGCGCAAGGGCGACCCCGUCGCCGUCAAGGUCAUACCCAAGGCCAAGAUGACAACAUCCAUUGCUAUAGAGGAUGUCCGGAGGGAGGUGAAAAUUUUGAAGGCUUUGGCAGGACACAAGAACUUGGUCCAAUUUUAUGAUGCAUAUGAGGACAACGAAAAUGUCUACAUUGUAAUGGAGUUGUGUGAGGGAGGGGAGCUUCUGGAUAGAAUACUUUCCAGAGGUGGCAAGUACUCUGAGGAUGAUGCGAAGGUUGUCCUGGUGCAAAUAUUAAAUGUUGUUGCUUUUUGCCACAUUCAAGGAGUAGUUCAUAGGGAUCUCAAACCAGAGAAUUUUCUUUUUACUUCGAAAGAUGAGAACUCUCAACUUAAGACCAUUGACUUUGGCUUAUCAGAUUUUGUAAAACCAGAUGAGAGGCUUAAUGAUAUUGUUGGAAGUGCUUACUAUGUUGCUCCUGAAGUUUUGCAUAGAUGCUAUAGCACAGAAGCUGAUGUCUGGAGUAUAGGUGUCAUUGCCUAUAUCCUCCUUUGUGGCAGUCGCCCAUUUUGGGCACGCACUGAAUCUGGCAUAUUUCGUUCUGUUCUCAAAGCCGACCCCAGUUAUAACGAAGCACCUUGGCCUGCUCUGACCCCAGAAGCAAUGGACUUUGUUAAGCGCUUGCUGUGCAAGGAUCCACGUAGAAGGAUGACUGCAGCACAAGCUUUAGGUCAUCCAUGGAUCAGAAACUACAAUGACAUUAAGAUGCCAUUGGACGUCCUUAUAUUCCGUCUUAUCAAAGCUUAUAUUCGUUCGUCAUCAUUACGAAAAGCCGCUCUGAGGGCUUUGUCAAAGACUUUGACUGUUGAUGAGCUUUAUUAUCUUAAAGGGCAGUUUUCCUUGCUCGAACCUGAUCGAAAUGGAUGCAUCACCCUAGAUAAUAUCAGAAUGGCCUUGACAAGGGAAGCCACUGAGGCGAUGAAAGAAACACGAGUCCAGGAGAUCCUUGUCUCGUUGAGCGCUCUUCAGUACAGACGAAUGGACUUCCAUGAGUUCUGUGCAGCUGCGCUAAGUGUUCACCAGCUUGAAGCGCUAGACAGAUGGGAGCAACAUGCCAGAUCUGCUUAUGACAUUUUCGAGAAGGAUGGCAAUCGAGCUAUUGUAAUUGAUGAACUAGCUUCAGAACUGGGUCUCAGCCCGUCAGUGCCGCUGCACGUUGUUCUGCAGGACUGGAUCCGGCACACCGAUGGGAAGCUCAGCUUCCUUGGAUUCGUCAAGUUGCUGCAUGGCAUGUCCAGCAGGUCCCUGUCAAAGAUGAGAUGACUGUUGAUAAUCUCUAACGACAGCAACAAAUUUAUGCUUCCCCAGCACCUGAUGGCUUGGUUCACAGUUCACAUACAGCUUAGCAACUCUUUUAAGGAAAGGUUCGUCUGCGUUAGCCUGCAUACUGAGGACGACAGUGCCUGUGCUAGUAGUACCCGCCUGGUUUGUCACUAAUUUGAGUAUAGAGUUCCGUUUGUCGGCGCCUGCAUACUGAUCGCCGCCACCGUCUUCAAAAAUCAUUGCCGUCGUCAGUUAGUAGAUUAGGAAAAGGAAAAAAGAUCUCACCCAUGUCUCUGCAUUUGUGCAACAUGUGAUGCCUCUAACAGUCUUAGAAUAGUCAUGUUCCGUUGCUGUGGACAGCGUUGUAAAAUGCCCUGGUUCCUGUAAUUGGAGCAGAGUCGGCUGGGACACAUGUCACUCGCUGACGUUGUCACCAGUGUGCCAUUAUAUUGAUUGAGUUGAAUGAA